CUCUUGUUGCUCACGCCAAGUUUUUGUCUACCGGAUGAAACUAAUUCCGAUCUAAAGCAUUAAAUAGACUAUUUACUAUUGUGACAACUAGACGACUAGUGAAUUCAAUUUUCUCGAGCUGAAGAGAAUAGGUAUCUUUCGUUUAUCCCCAGAAAAAUGACGUAUAAUGCUCUCAAAAUUAUUCAAUGGCUGAGACCCAUGCUAUUGGAGUGUCAAUAACAAGUGCAUAAACGUAUGGUACUAACAAUAUGGUUAAAUUACUGUUUAGAAAUGCGAUUAUGGACAACUUACAUAAGAAGAAGUGGUUUAUCCUAUUUAUAUUAAUCGUUUGUCGAAAAUUGGACGUGGUCGAAGGCUUGAAAUGCUAUUGCAACAGUGACAGUCCGAGCUGUCCGAAUUCAACAUGUGAAACUGAUGGCUACUGCUUGGCCUCCACAAAUCUCGAGAAUGGAGUUCAGAAACACACAUACCAAGAGGUGGCCUUAAGCUGUUUGAAUGGCAAAGCCUUCCCUCCCGUGUAUCCGUCAAAGUGCAGAGACACAAGAACAUAUUGCUGUGACAGAGAUUACUGUAACUCAGAUGACACUUACCGAGAGAAAUUCUCAAACAUACUGCACGCCUCGUCCGUGGAGUCGAGCCCGUCUGCUACCGCGUGGCAAGUGAUACCAUGGAUCAUGGGAUUGAUUGUCCUCGGGAUAUGCGCGGCCAUAAGUUUCUGGUGGGCCCGACGGUCUCCGAAGUUGAUAAAGCGUGGCUCCCACUCGCUGUUCCCACCGGAGGACUCGUGCUGCGAGACCAGGCACCCCAUGAUCACUGCCACCAUCAAGGACAUGAUUGAACUGACCACCUCUGGAUCUGGUUCAGGCCUACCUCUCCUAGUCCAGCGGUCUAUAGCUAGGCAGAUCCAACUGGUGGACAUAAUAGGAAAGGGCAGAUUCGGCGAGGUCUGGCGCGGCCGCUGGCGGGGAGAGAAUGUCGCCGUGAAGAUAUUCUCUUCUCGCGAGGAGAGUUCCUGGUUCCGUGAGGCGGAGAUCUAUCAGACUGUCAUGCUGCGUCACGAGAAUAUACUUGGGUUCAUCGCAGCUGAUAAUAAAGACAAUGGCACAUGGACCCAGCUAUGGCUGAUAACGGACUACCAUGAAAACGGUUCGCUUUUCGACUUCCUCACCGGCCGGACUAUAGAUUCACCUACCACUCUCGUCAUGAUGGCUCUGUCCAUCGCCACCGGAUUAGCACACCUGCAUAUGGAUAUCGUUGGAACUAAAGGCAAACCGGCUAUAGCCCACCGUGAUCUCAAGUCUAAGAACAUUCUAGUGAAAUGUAACCUCACUUGUGUUAUCGGCGACUUGGGCCUGGCAGUGCGACAUAAUGUCGCUAGCGACUCCGUCGACGUGCCGUCAACGAAUCGUGUCGGAACUAAACGAUAUAUGGCCCCGGAGGUUCUAGACGAGACGAUGGACUGUCGUCAGUUCGAUCCGUACAAGCGUUCCGACGUCUACUCCUUUGGGCUGGUGCUAUGGGAGAUGGCUCGGCGCUGCGGAGUCUCACCUGAUGAGUACCAGCCUCCGUACUACGAGUGUGUACCUCCCGACCCAGCUUUGGACGACAUGAAGCGUGUGGUGUGCAUUGAAAGACGCCGCCCGAGCGUGCCCAACCGAUGGCACUCUGAUCCGAUUUUGUCUGCGAUUGCGAAGGUGAUGAAAGAGUGCUGGUAUCAGAACCCCGCGGCUCGACUCACGGCGCUACGGAUUAAGAAGACUUUGGCGAACAUUGGCACAGACGACCACAUCAAAAUGUAAACGGUCACUAUCGUAGGUUUUAACUUCUCUAUUGCAUUCUGAUAUUAAUAAAUGAAUAUUAGAGGCUAUAGAAAAGUUAUAUAGAUUCACCGACGAUUCAUCUGGUAUAUUAAAAAUAAAAUCGGCCAAGUGCGAGUCGGACUCGCGC